AUGGCAGGAACGAAGAAGCGAUCUCCGAAUUUUUCUAGUGCAGAAAAGGCACUGCUAGUGGAAUUGUAUGAUUUUAACAAGAGUGUGCUCACAUCGAAGCUAACGAACGAUGUAACAAACAAGUGCAAAAACAAUAUAUGGAGAGAAAUCGCGGAGCAAAUAAGCAGUAUUGGAGUGUGCGAGCGAUCGGCAGAGGACGUGAAGUUUAAGUGGAAGAAUUUGUGUGUUGCGGCGAAAAAAGAAAAUGCGAUGAAAAAGAAAGAUUUGAAAAAAAAAACAGGAGGUGGCCUUAUAACAGACAAGAUAAUUCAGAUCAACGAGGAGCGAGAAUCGUGGAGCGGGAUUCCGGGAGCGGAUACGCUGGAUUCGUUUAAGCACAAGAACAAGAAGCCUAAGACUAAGAUGGCCAGGUCCCUCACAACGGAAGAAAAGGAUGAGGUUAUUGAGUGGCUGAAGUCGAACCGAUUCCUUUAA